UCCCAGUAUGCAAGGCAUCAGGGGAGCCCUGGCGCCUUGCGAGGCCGCUCUCCCUCGGUGGCAGGGCGGCUAGUUCAAGUUGCCAUAGCGGCGGAGGUAGCGGGCUGUUGGGCGGUUGAGAGGUCCCGUGACCCGAGAGCCGGCGGGUGUCUUUUGGAAAGGGAGACGAGUCGCCCGCUCUCGUGGAGGCGCUGGGAGAGACACGCUUCGGGUCCAGAACGUGUGAAUGCAGCCGAUGCGUGUUGAGUGUCCCGGGAGGCGUGUCAGAUACAAAUGGCAGAUUCCUCCAGUGGUUCUGACCAUGCGCACUGUAGAAUCGGAAGACGGGGUCCUGUUAGAGCAACCAGAACUCAAAAUCAUGGUGUUGAAGAAGUCACAGAGAAGAUCCAUACUUUAGCAAGCACUUUGCAGGAUACCAAUCGCAACCUGAGACAUGUGGACCAGAUGUUAGGCCAGUAUCGAGAGUACAACAGUGAGCAAGCAGAAGCAAUUACAAAUCUUAAAGAAACAUUGGAACAAUCUCUAGGCGAAUUAAGGAGCCAACGUGCAUUGAGAAAUUCGGGUAUAAGAAGUGCAUCUCUUUCAAGUUUAUAUGCAAGUGAUCUGGAUAGUACUGCUCCAGAAGGUCGUCACUUCCAGCCUACCUCUCCCCUCAAGGACUAUGGUGCAACGUUGGGUGCUAGACAGCGCCGGUCUCGAUCUGCUGUUCGAUUUGUUGAUCGAGGAGAUAACAGAGACCAGUUGCACUCUUUACACCAGUCACUUAGAGACCUCAGCAGUGAACAGGUUCGUUUAGAAGAUGAUCUCAGCAGAGAGCUCUCAAGAAGAAAUCGCACUGAUGCAGAAACAAAAAGGAGGUUAGAAGAUUUAUGUGACAGAGUCAAUGAAUCCCAAAGACAGGAAACAGUAUCGGAACGGGUAGAGAGAAGACUCCAGGAGAUAGAACAAGAAAUCCGCUCAGAAAGGCAGCUGGUAGAAAGACGCCAGGAUCAACUGGGACAUAUGUCUGUUCAUCUCCAAGAGGCUUUAAAGCAACAAGAUGCUAAAUCUAAUGAAGUAGACAUGGCAUUAAAAAGUAAAAUCUUGAAAAUAGAAGGUGAAAAAAUCAAACUUGAACAGGAUUUGGAACGUUCCCAGAGGAAACUGGAUCAGUCAGAAAACAGCCGAGAAGCUCUUCUCCACCAGAUUGAGGAUCUCCGUUCCCAACUCCUUAGAGCAGAAGAGGAGCGCCUGAAUCUUCAUCAUCAAAUUUCUCGGGUUGCCAUACAUCAGAGCCAGCCAAAUGAGCAGGAAAAUGACAGGAGGAAGCAAAGAGUGACAGAGAGGACUGAUCCAGGGAAAACAGAGAUGGAGAAAGAGAUCUGGGAACUGAGAGCAAAGCUAAAUCACAGUGCUGUGAUGUCAGAAAUAGAGGAAUUAAAGCGAUGCAUAGAGCGUAAGGACAAAGAAAGAGCACAGCUUGGACUGCAAAUAGAGGUUUUAACCUCUGACUUGGAAAAAAGGGAGACCCAGCAGCAAAGGAUGUUGAGCCAGUUGAAAGAGAUACAGAGUAACUACAGAGUCUGUGAGAACGAGCGUAGAGCUGCAGAACUUCAGGUCACAGAACUGGCUCACCAAUUGGAAGAGAUGACUAAAGAAGCAGAGAGGUACCUAGCUGAAUUCAGACAAUCCGAAGUGCUCAGGCUAGAGAAUGAAAAGAAGAAGGAGGAGUUAAAACUGAAAGCUCAGGAAUCUAUUAGACAUUGGAAGCUAAAGUGUAAGAAACUGGAACAUGAACUAGAAAAGCAGACUGAACUUCACAGCCAAUUGAUGGAGAAGAACAAUGUGGCUCUUAAAGAAAAGGAUGACUUGAAGAGUCAGCUUCUUUCUACCAUGCACCAGAUGGAAAAUCUUCAGAAGGAGCUGACUGAUGUUCUUGAGAAAAGAGCCAAACAAGAAGAGGAGCUGCAUUGUAGAGAAGUAAAGCUCAGUGAAUCUAGAUCCCUACAGAUAGCUCUUGAGCAAGAGAUCAGGGCGGUCAGGGAAAAUGCAGAUAAACUGGACAGUGAGCUUCAAAAGCAGAGCCUAACACAGAGCCAGAUACGAACAGAUAAACAACGCUUAGAAGAGGAACUUUUAUCUAUUAACAUGAUCCAUGAAAAGGACCAAGCAAGAUUGCUAGAAAUGCAAGCAGCUAUAAAAAAUCUGAGUGCAAUUCGAGCUGAACUGACCAACCGAAUAGUAGAAGAGGAGAAAUCAAAGAAGGAGAUGCAGAAGACCCUGACAGAACUUCAGAAUCAACGGGAAUCUUAUCAGGAGGAGAUGGUUUCUGCCAGUAAGCAGCUGAAGUUGGAGAGAGAUGUCCACCAACAAGAACUGGCAGAACUUCACACAGAGUUGCAGCAGGUGAAAACAAAACAUGACCAACGUGUCCAAGAGAUGAUGAAGCUGUUCGGUCAAGAAAAGGAAGAAGCUGCUAGUCACAUUGGAAUGUUAAAGGAAGAACUUACAGAGGAAAGAAAUUUGGUAAAAGCACAUCGCCGACAGGUAGAAAAAAUGAAAAUGGAAUGUGAUAAGCUGACAGAAGAACUAACUCAUAAAGAAGAAGAAAAUAUAAAAUGUAGGAGAAAAUAUCAGCUGAUGAAACAGGAACUGGAUGGAAGGAAUAAAAGAAUAAAUAGUGAAGAUGAUCACCUAAGGAGGGUAGAAGAAGACAAAUUACAGCUUCAUGAUCAACUACGAAGUCUUCAAACUGAAAAGGAAUCCAUCUUUUCUAUGAUAGGAAGUGAAAUUGAUGCUGCUUGUGAAGUCCUUUCUCGCGAUUCGGUGGAGAAAUACACAGCAAUAUCACUUACACCCGGGGUACAGAAUGACCCUCAUCGCUGGUUAGCAGAAACAAAGACUAAACUCCGAUGGUUAUGUGAAGAAGUGAAGGAGCGAGAGAGCAAGGAAAAGAAACUCCGGCGUCAGUUGCUGCAGAGCCGAGACCAGUUGAAGCAAGUGACCUUGAGCAAAGAGACAGUGCACCGAAAUCUCAUUGGUCAGAUAGAAAAGCAGGAGCAACUCCUCAAAGAAGUUUACCAAGAAAAGAAAGAUCUAUUGGAGAAGACUCUCAGGAAGGAGGAAGAAAUAGGUGCUUUACAGGAACGAAUAACAGCAUUGGAAACAAGUACACGAGUGGCCUUGGAUCAUUUGGAGUCUGUUCCAGAGAAACUGAACUUUUUGGAAGAUUCCAGAGAUUUGGGAGGUUCUCACACUCAGACAGAAGUUAUUGCCGAGAGAUGCAGUAAAUACAAGGAAAUUGUGGGCUCUUUACAGCAGCAUUUGGAAGACUCAAAGCGCAGACUUGAAGACUUCAGGGAUAAGAAAACUGGGGCUGAUAUUUCUGCUAUACAAGGUGCAUCUUCCAACUGGCGAACCAAUACCAGCUUUAUGUCCAGCUCUUUGCUUUCCAAUUCAGGAUCAUUUACCAAAAGUACCAUUCCUUUGGAUGUAAAUAUUCCUAGAAAAGAUGCCACCAGCAUGGCUGUCAAUGGUGUGAAGCUAUGGAAAGAUAAAGAGAAGUACUAGAGCAACAAGAAUAUGCAAUUCAACUUUAAGAAAUACAGAUCUGCACAUUUUUAUUUUAUUUUAUUUUUUGGUUCUGGCUGCAGCUACGUACAGCUGUAUUUACAAAAACAGCAAAUUCCAUAGUUCAGCACAUGCCAAAUAUUGACUGAAAACAGCAUCUUGAUUGUAUAUCUAAAAUAAGGCAAGUUAUACCCUGAAGGUACAUCGUAUACUCUAAAAUGCCAAAGCCUCUUUUACUAUGGGGCACUAUGUCCUUCUGCUUUUUCCUUUACCAGUCCUCAACUUCUUUUACGGAGAUACAGAUAUAACAUUUUACAUUCAAAGUUGCAAUGACAUUUUAAAAAAUCAGGAAAUAAUUAAUAGACAUUUCUUUGUGUGUAAAUAAGAUGUUUUAUAAUUGAGUAUAGAGAUCAGCAUGCAGAAAUGGCAUUUUUCAACAAAAGAGGCCUCAAAAGUAUUAUGCAAUGAUUACAUUACUGUGAUUAAUAAUAGAAAUGGUUUAUAUCUGAAACAAUGAAAUGAAUUUCCUUCAGCACAGGCAAAGCUGAGAUUACAUUCCGUACUUCAAUCUGUUUGGGGCCCACUGUUUGUUGACCCAGGCUCAGCAAAGGACACAACUUAAUCCAGAUUUCUCCAAAAUUGGAAGAAGUUCAGCUAACUGUUUGCUAUGAACCACUUUUAUUACAAAGCAUGAGGAUAAUGUUGUUUCUGCACAAUAAAACAUCCUAAUAAUGUAAUGAAA